AUGGCUCAUCAACACCCUGCCCCAGAGUUACUGACUCAUUGUAUAUCAUUCGAUAUUGGUUGUCCUCGUCUGGAUGAGUUCACCGGCUAUAUGUCCCCACCUGGACAAGGAACUCCAGCAAACAGAUUGCCACCAAACCAUCCUGACAAGUUCAACACUGCUGGUCAUAGGAACGCUCGUGCCUGGUACUUUAUUCAACGAAUACGACCCCAAUUGACAGCAAUGGGAUAUGCACGAAUGCAGAAGUCAGUCUAUUUUAGACAAUGUACUAGGAUUCAAUGUAUUGCCGAUGCGUUGGCACUCCGAGACCAUGAGAACACAAGGUGGAUCCCCUACUGCGCCAGAGAGGUACAUGUACUCAGGUUGGAGACAACGAACUCCAUCUAUCCCGAGUUGACAGUAGAUCAGGCAUUGGCACUACAAGAGGAGGAACAGGCACAAAUGCAAAUAGACGAAGAUGAUGACGACUCCGACGAUAAUGAUGAUGAUGAGGACACAUCAGACAGUGACAGUGAUUAA